ACACACACACACACAAGUCAACUCUCCACAGGAAAAGCUAGAGACAGAAUGCGCAGCACCUCUCUGCCGUCACACAGAGCUCCGUCGGCCCAGAAGGGAUCAUUCUCUACUUUGAUAUCUGCUUAAUUACUUAUGUGAUGCCACACAGAUGUCUGGGGGCAGGAGACGAAAGUUUCCCGCAUGUGUGUGAAUGACUGACUGAGUGACGGGAUCUUGAGGAAGGCAGACAUUUUAGGAGCGCCCCCCUCUCAAUCAGUGGACGUAUUGGAGACGUUGUCAUCUUAUCUGGGAAUCAGGGUGUGGAAUGUGUAGCGCGAUGGGCUCCCUGACCUUACAUGUGUUGCUGCUAAUGGCUGCCAUGGCGAGCAGUGGAAUGUGCCUGAUGAAUGAUUCAGAAACUCAAGAGCUCCGAGACCCCCUGGUCCUGGGCUCAAUCUCUACCACACCACCCGGCCACCAACACAACCAAAGCUCUGUCCAGAAUAAUGUCCCCAAGCGGCGGGUGCCUCCUCCUGCCUGUACAGUUGUCAUGACGUCCAUCAAAUCCUGCUUCAGGUACAUCAACACAGUUAUUUCUUGUGCCGUGUUCGUCGUAGGGAUUGUCGGAAAUGCGACACUCCUGAGGAUCAUCUACCAAAACAAAAGUAUGAGGAACGGGCCUAACGCUCUCAUUGCAAGCUUAGCUUUAGGAGAUCUCAUCUACAUCAUCAUUGACAUUCCCAUCACAGUUUACAAGCUCCUGGCGUCUAGUUUCCCCUUCAUUGACAGUCCCUUUGGGUUGUACCUCUGCAAGUUGGUGCCCUUCCUGCAGAAGGCCUCAGUGGGAAUAACAGUCCUCAACCUCUGUGCCCUCAGUGUGGACAGGUACAGGGCGGUGGUGUCGUGGAGCAGGGUGCAGGGGGUGGGCAUCCCUGCCAUCACUGCCAUUGAGAUUCUGACCAUCUGGGUGCUGUCAAUCAUUCUUGCAGUCCCUGAAGCGAUCUGUUUCGACGUGGUCGUUUUCGAGUACAACAACCGUACUAUAAGGACCUGCAUGCUCAAGCCCCAAAGUGACUUCAUGCAUUUCUAUACGAAUGCAAAAGACUGGUGGUUGUUUGGGUUCUACUUCUGCCUCCCCUUGGUGUGCACAGCCAUCUUCUACACACUGAUGACCUCUGAGAUGCUCGUUCACCGCAACGGAAAUCUCCGGAUCGCCCUAAGUGAACACCUAAAGCAGAGACGGGAAGUGGCCAAAGCUGUCUUCUGCCUGGUCCUGAUCUUUGCCCUGUGCUGGUUCCCUCUACAUCUAAGCAGGAUCUUGAAGAAGAUGGUCUACCAGGAAAAUGACACAGGGCGAUGUGAUCUACUCAACUUCCUGUUAAUUAUGGACUACUUGGGCAUCAACUUGGCCAAAGUCAAUUCCUGUAUCAACCCCAUCAUCCUCUACUUUGUCAGCAAGAAGUUUAAAAACUGUUUCAAGUCCUGCCUUUGCUGUUGGUGCCACUCGGACCCUCAGGUGAACAGCAACAGCAUCCAGUGCAAGACCACGAGCCCAAACAACCUGCACACAGACCUGUGUCUGCGCAAGGACAGUGACUAAGCCCAGAGCCAAACAGCACCGCUUGUGGAACAUGGGAGGGAGCAGACUGUCCAAAACAAACUGAACUCAUGUCCACUAAUCCACAAGCCAGUCAGUGGAGCUGCAGGCCAAAAUGUGUGUGUGUGUGUGUGUGUGUGUGUGUGUGUGUGUGUGCAGGUGUUUGCGUGCCAGAAGGACCUUGCAGCAGUUCUGAGCCAGUGAAAGACAGACAGGACUGGAUUGAUCUUAUAUAUAGCCGUGUACAAUGGGGCUGAUGUGUUUAUGUUUGUCUCAGUCCCCACACAACUGUUCUUCCCAGGACCCUCUAUUUGCAGCAAGAGCACAGAGUGGAAAGCGGAUGGUCACAGGAUGGAGCUGUGCGUAGGCUAUAAAUGCCUCAACCAGUGGCUGAGAGUGUUGUGUUCACACUGCCGACGGCAAUGGGAAGCCAGGGGAAGGAUGUGCGAAGAGGUGUGUGUGUCAGUGAAGCUGCUCUGAGAGAAAGACAGGAGAUUGUCACACAGAUCAAGAACUAAUGAGAAUUGCAGUAAUGUGGAUCUACAAUCACUAAAUAAUUCUAGUUAUACGCCUUCCUACCACAAUUGACAUGCCAGGGACAUCUAUUGACCAUUUGGUCUCAUUCUGGAUAGAUCUGAGCUAAAGGCCACAAAUGACUUCAUCAGCAAUAAGGGAUAUAAGGACUACUUCCUCUGGUCACUAGUGCGCUGGUCGGCACAUAUGACUGGUGAGAGGCUUGGUGUAACAGUAGUCAUUAUCUUGCCUUUAGAAUGAAGCAGGUUCCUUUCGCUAUGCAAGUGUUAAGAGGCAGCGUUUCUAACUUAUAUCAAUGUGAAAAGUUACUUAGAAAUUCAUAAUUAAGGCAACCUGAACUUUUUGCUACAGUUUUUCCCCUUCUUGUUGAACGAAAAGGUCCUCAGCAGUACCUUGAUAUUCUUAGCUCCUCAAAUUCACACACACACACACUAGAACACUGGAAUUACUCCAGAUGUUGUAGUCCCCUACAAGCAAUAAAGUGAGGGUAAUGAUUUUUGACCUUGUUAGAGGUUUAAUAGCUUGCCUUCGGAUGGAGUCCAAAUGCAACAAACUUUGGGUAAUAAACUUUAAAAAUGAUGAGCGUUCUUCGGUUCAAGGCGAGGGCUACAGGAAAAGGGUCUGGGUUAUUGCAGAUGACAAAUGAGUCAGGAAAGAAAACAUAUCCUUCGUGGUACACUGUGAAUUUGAGAAGACAUAUAAAUGUCUGCUAUUACAAUCGUUUAUGAGUAGUAUGGAAUGUCUGUAUUAUUGCCUUUAUAUCUACCAUAUAUUCUUUAUCAGUAUUAUUAUCAGUAGUUUCUUGACAGCGUUUGUACAGCAUUGAAAUGUUAGGUAUUAUGGAAAGAUUUAUAUCUAGCUACAGUAAAUAUUAAUCCUAAUGCUUGACGUAUGUUAGCCAAAUAUAUUGAGCAAAGACAUUACAACGUGUGCGAUAAGUAAUAUAUGCUUCAAUGUGUUAUACCUUAAACAGAAUAUUCAUAUAUAAUAUUUUUUUACGUAAGAAGCAAAGUCUCAUGCAGAUGACUUGUGAAGUCAGAAAUCAUGCAUAGGAUCUUCAUAUUACUGUGGUAAAGGUAAAUGAACAGUUUGAAUUGUUCAUAACAGUUUCAAGGCUUUAAGAAUGAGUGUUUUACAUAUGAUUAUAUGAAACUGGUACUAUAGAAACACACAAUUUGAAAUAAAUGUUUGUUUGAGCGUGUGCAUGUAUUAUAACUGUGUGCUCCACAUUUUGGAACAUGCUUUUUUUUAAAUCCUGGCUGAUGUGAUGUGGUGUUAAUGCAGGAGGUCUAGACUGCAGUGUUAGUUGGACUCGUGUGACAGAUUUUCAGAUAGAUCAUGAGUAGUAUGUGGAUUUUGUACAUACCAUAUAGAUGAACAGCACAUUACAUUUUAACAUGUAAUACACUGUCAUAUGCGUUUCAUUAUUUUGCAAACUGUUGGAUUGAGAAAACUAUUUUAUAUAAUUUACUGUAUUUUUUGGCAGAAUGACAUUCUUUUUUAAUAGAAACGGUUGUCUGAUCACAUGACCUUUGUAUCACAAAACAGUAAAAUGCAAGUCCUCCAUA